AGGAGAGCGAGGAAGGGUCAGAAGGUGACUUUAGUUCAAAAAUUAAUAAAUAAAGUUUAAAUUUACCGAAAGUCGCCAUGUCUAGGCCGCUCUCUGACCAGGAUAAGAGGAAGCAGAUCUCGGUCCGAGGUCUGGCGGGAGUAGAAAACGUCGCGGACCUGAAAACGAAUUUUAACCGGCAUCUCCACUUCACCCUGGUCAAAGACCGGAAUGUGGCCACCAAACGGGACUACUACUUCGCUCUGGCUAACACCGUGAGGGACCACCUGGUGGGCCGCUGGAUCCGCACCCAGCAGCAUUACUACGAGAAAGACCCCAAACGUGUUUACUACCUCUCUCUGGAGUUCUACAUGGGCCGUACGCUGCAGAACACCAUGGUCAACCUCGCUCUGGAGAACGCCUGUGAUGAAGCCACGUACCAGUUGGGUCUGGACAUGGAGGAGCUGCAGGACAUCGAAGAGGACGCUGGGCUUGGAAAUGGCGGUCUGGGUCGCCUGGCUGCUUGUUUCCUGGACUCCAUGGCCUCUCUGGGUCUGGCUGCUUAUGGAUACGGCAUCCGCUACGAGUUCGGCAUCUUUAACCAGAAAAUUGUCAACGGAUGGCAGGUGGAGGAAGCAGACGAUUGGCUACGAUAUGGUAACCCGUGGGAGAAAGCUCGCCCUGAGUACAUGCGUCCUGUUCAUUUCUACGGCCGAGUGGAGCACGCAGCCGAGGGAGUGAAGUGGGUCGACACGCAGGUGGUUUUGGCCCUGCCCUAUGACACUCCCGUCCCCGGCUACAGAAACAACAUUGUCAACACCAUGAGGCUGUGGUCGGCUAAAGCUCCCUGUGACUUUAACCUCAAAGACUUCAACGUGGGCGGCUACAUCCAGGCGGUGUUGGACAGGAACCUCGCAGAGAACAUCUCCAGGGUUCUCUACCCCAACGACAACUUCUUCGAGGGGAAGGAGCUCCGUCUGAAGCAGGAGUACUUCGUGGUCGCUGCGACUCUUCAGGACAUCAUCCGACGAUUCAAAGCCUCAAAGUUUGGAUCCACUGAGUUCGUACGACUCGACCUCUCCACGCUGCCGGACAAGGUGGCUAUCCAGCUGAAUGACACCCAUCCUGCGAUGGCGAUCCCUGAGCUGAUGAGGAUCCUGGUCGACAUCGAGAAACUCUCCUGGGAGAAGUCCUGGGACAUCGUGGUGCGCACGUGUGCCUACACCAACCACACCGUCCUGCCUGAAGCUCUGGAGCGCUGGCCCGUUGAUCUCUUCCAGAAUCUUCUGCCCCGACACCUGGAGAUCAUCUAUGAGAUCAACAGGAGGCACCUGGAGAGGAUCUCCAAAGUUUACCCCGGAGACAAUGACCGACUGCGCCGCAUGUCUCUGAUUGAAGAAGGACCAGUGAAGAAGAUCAACAUGGCUCACCUGUGCAUCGUAGGAUCUCACGCCGUCAACGGAGUCGCUCGCAUCCACUCUGAGAUCAUCAAAAACACCGUGUUCAGGGAUUUCUAUGAAGUGGACCCUGAGAAGUUCCAGAAUAAGACAAACGGUAUCACACCUCGCCGCUGGCUGGUCAUGUGUAACCCUGGGCUGGCCGAAGUCAUCGCUGAGAGGAUUGGUGAGGACUAUAUCCGAGACCUGGACCAGCUGCAAAAACUCCUGGACUACGAGGACGAUGACUCCUUCAUCCGGGAUGUCGCCAAAGUCAAACAGGAAAACAAGAUGAAGUUUGCAGCUCACCUGGAGGAACACUACAAAGUGAAGAUCAACCCAAACUCCAUGUUUGAUGUUCAGGUGAAGAGGAUCCACGAGUACAAGAGACAGCUGCUCAACUGCCUGCACAUCAUCACGCUCUACAACCGAAUCAAGAAGGAACCAAACAAGUCCUGGACACCGAGGACCAUCAUGAUCGGAGGAAAGGCCGCCCCUGGCUAUCACACGGCCAAGAUGAUCAUCAAACUGAUCACAUCAAUCGGAGAUGUCGUCAAUAACGACCCUGUGGUUGGAGAUCGCCUCAAAGUCAUUUUCCUGGAGAACUACCGCGUCACACUGGCUGAGAAAGUGAUCCCUGCUGCUGACCUCUCAGAGCAGAUCUCCACGGCAGGUACGGAGGCGUCCGGCACCGGGAACAUGAAGUUCAUGCUGAAUGGAGCACUCACCAUCGGCACCAUGGACGGAGCCAACGUGGAGAUGGCUGAGGAAGCCGGAGAGGAGAACCUGUUCAUCUUUGGGAUGAGGGUGGAGGAUGUGGAGGCCAUGGACAGGAAGGGCUACGACGCCGUGUCCUACUACAAGCGGAUCCCUGAGCUGAAGCAGGUCAUCGACCAGAUCUCUGGAGGCGCAUUCAGCCCAGCUCAGCCCGACCUUUUCAAAGACCUCGUCAACAUGCUGAUGAACCACGACAGGUUUAAGGUGUUUGCUGAUUAUGAAGCCUACAUCAAAUGUCAGGAGAAAGUCAGCAUGCUCUACAAGAACCCUAAAGAGUGGACCAGGAUGGUGAUCCACAACAUCGCCGGUUGUGGUAAAUUCUCCAGUGACCGGACCAUCUCCCAGUAUGCCCAGGAGAUCUGGGGCAUGGAGCCCAGUCUGGAUAAGAUUGCCGCUCCUGAUGAUCCCCGCUAAACCGCGUCUGCCUCGUCCUCCUCGCCCUCCUCGCCCUCGCCGUGGUCCAACCACUGAAGAAGAACCCCGUAGCUUUGACACUGUCCUGUGGCAUUCUUGACUUUAUUUAACCCUCUGCUGUUUUUCAGUGUAGCGACGUCUAUGAAAGUGGGCUUAAUUCAGAUUCUGUGAUUUUCUCUCCAAACACCAGCAAAGCUCCUCCUCACUGUUUGGUGAAAACCUCACGGCUCCAUGUCAGCAGCGAAGAGAGACAGCGUUUUAAUGACGGCAAUCUUCAGCUGGAGUCAUCAUUAAAUCUCCUUUCUUUGAUAAAGUAGCAGGAUUUUAACAAACUCUCCUCAUUUCUGAUGAAUAGAAAGGCAAGUCAGACUGUUAGUGUGCUCUAUAAAAUCAGGAUGUUUAUCUCUAAUGAGACCUGGAGUAUCACCGUGACAGUUUUCACUAAACCACCGCUGACCUUUCACUGAGUCCUGCCACCUUCAUAAUCAUUAUACUUUACAUUCAUGAACGGUGACAAUGGGCAGAUCUGUACAGAAGACCUAAAGGAAAAUGCAUCCAUACAUCUUAUUUUAGUCACUUUCUCAAGAUUUUGACUUUUAAAUCUCAUCUUGAGAUAACAGUGCUUGUUUUUCAUUAUAAUGAGUACUGAUAGUUCCUUCCAUUACAGCCAUUAUCAUGGGAAAACAUUUAUUAUUAUUCCAAAAGCAACAAAGUACUGAAGCCAAGAUCUAAUGUAGCUGACUUCAGAGUUGCCAUAGUUGGAAAGAAAGCAUUGUUAUUUCAACAGAGCGAGAUAAAUGAGUCUGGAUCCUGAUAAAAUGACCAAAAGUGACUCAUCAGAUGUACAGAUCAAUGCCUGCCUAGGGCUUCUAUAGAUCUACUGCCUAAAACUGUGUCUGAUAUUUAAAACAAUCCAUUUUUUGAUUCAGAAAGAGCAUCACAUAGCAUUUAUUAACUGUAUUGUUACCCUGCUUGCUGUUUAAGCUAACACUAGCUCGAUGAUAUUGAUAAAAAUGUGCAAUCUGGCUGAAGAUUAAAAGAUUCAGCUGACUGGAUUUAAAGGGAGGAUCCUUUAAAAGGAUGUAAAAAUGGUUUCAUGGUUAAAUGCAUGAUGUAAAUGUGCUUGAAUCAGAGGCUUGAUGCUUAAAGCUAACAUGCUAUAUGCAUUAAAGAAGAGCAUUUCCACCAGCUGAUGAUGUGUAACUGCGACAGUAAAUUAGAGCCACUCUAAAAGAAUUUAAAAACAGAGGAUCUAAUUAUUCUAAAUUAAAAAAAAACCUCAUAAUUUUCAAAUCAAAAGGGUUAAACAUUUCAGAACAAAAUCUUAAUUUUCGAAGUUCAAUAGGUUCAAGAAAAGAAAGAAAAAUAAUUUACAGAUUUUUUGGUUGAAAAGUUUUAUAAACCCUCUAAAUAUAUAAUACAUACAGCCAAUAGAUAAAGCAAAAAUUUCUUGUUGAAGAAGACAAAUAUACAAUAAAAAACACAUUUUUUUAAAGUUAAAAAAUGUUUAAAAAUUCAAGAAAAAAUAGGUUUGAAGUCUGACAUUUUCAAGAAGAAACAAUCCUCAAAAAUUUUCAAGUGAAAAAAAAACCCUCAAUUUUUAAUUAAAAGGCACAAAUUCACAAAAAAAUCCCUUCAAAAUUUUCAUGUCUAAAGAGUUGAAAUUGUCCAGGAAAUACCCAAAUUUUCAACUUUAAAAUGUCAUAACUCUACAAGAAACAAAUCAAAAUUUUGAGGUAUAAAAAGUUGUAAAUUUUUAAGAAAGAAUCUUUAAUUUACAAAUUUAAUAUCAAAUUUUGAAAUUAAAAAUCUGUAAAUCUUCAUUCAUCCACUGUUUUCAGUUUGGUCUCUCGUAGAUGUAUGCCUUGUUAAAGUCCUUAAUUUAUGACUUAGAAGCUCAAAAUUUUUAUGUGCUUAGUAUCAUAAAUUUAUUAUUUGUCAAUUUUUUGUCUUGCAAAUUUUUUAUUUAUAAUGCUGUGGGUCGAUAAUUUUAUAAACUUGAAAUUUUCAAGUUUAGAUUGUCGU